AUGCGCCCUGUGCCUUUUCUUCUACUCGCCACUGGCACUUUUGGGGCCAAGGGGGUGCAAAAUAUACGUUCGACAAACUUUCACAUUGAUGUAGAUCUUGACACUGGGGCUCUGCUUUCCAUCGUGAAUCCGAAGGACAAUGCCUCGAUGAGUUGGAUAAGUGGACCGGGUAAUGCCCCUUGGCAGCCUCUGGGGAGCCGGUGGGGACUCGGCUAUGUGGAUGUGGGAGAUCUCAAUCGGGCGUACUGGCAAGCUCCCAAUAUCACAAUUGACGAAGACCGCAUGACGGCAUCGUACACACUGGAGGAGGUGGAUCUGAACGUCACGAGAUGGGUCGAUGAGCCAUCCAACAGCUUUCGAGAAUGUUAUUCAUUCACCAACACCGGCGCUGAUGCGAUCUCCCUGAACGCUGGUGGUGUUCAGUCCUUGGGGAUCUACACCCCAUUCAACGACCAUUAUACCUCGACGGAGGAUGUCCUGGAGCACCGCUCCCAUGCGCACAUCUGGGCGUCAGGGGCCAGUUCGUCAUGGGUCAAGUUGACGCGAAUGGGCCUCCGAGGCCCGCACCUGGGGCUGGUUCUCACGGAGGGCGCCUGGUCGGGGUAUAGUGUGGAGUCGCGCGACACAGUAACGUCGUCUAACACUCGAGGGGUCUUUCUUCUCCAUCCGGAGGUGCCUACUUUGGAAAGCAUGGAGUCAACUCAGAUCUGCUGGGCCAUGUUUUGGCAUGAUGAUUGGGAAGACUUUCUGGAACAGAGUCUGCAGCGCUCAGAUCAGGUUAUCCAUGUUGAAGCAUCAUCCUGGACGGCUGUUCAAGGUGAAUAUGUGAAUAUAACCGUCUAUGGGCGGCCGGGGGACAAGAUCUCUUUUGGGGGAGUCGAUCUCGCACCCGCCGGGAAAGCAGGCACGUACUCGACCUCCAUGCAGGCCAAGGCUGCAGGCGAGCAACAAUUGGCUUUCGCCCUGGAACGGGGUGGGAGUCAACACAAUGCUACCAUUGUCCUCAAUACCGUGCAUGGGAUUGACGAGAUCAUCAAGAACCGCGUCAAGUUCAUCACCACAAACCAGCAAAUAAGCCCAUCCUUCCCCGACACAUCGAAGGCAGGCGCAUACGCAGUCUACGAUACCCAGAUGGAGGGAAUAGUGACCUUCGAUACAGCAUCUGACAGGAACACGGGUCGCGAACGCGUGGGGAUGGGUGUAUUGGUGGCGCGAUGGCUCCAAAACAAUUCCGACACGGAGGUCGAGGAGUCACUUCAAAUCUACUACAACUAUGUUAACAACAAGCUUCAAGACCCCUCCGGCUACGUCUAUGACUGGCCAGUUGGGUCCAAGACCGCAUCCAUCCGAUUGUAUGACUGGCCUUGGGUGAUGCAGCUUCAUCUUGCCAUGGCAAACCUCGGGAAUCGAGCUGUAACCAGUCACGGAAAUUAUACCGCCACACCCGUCGAACGCCUCAUGACUACACUCGAACGGUUCUACGCGGAAGCAGGCAAGACUUCUUACACGAUCGGAUUGCCUAUCUACGAAAGUCUCACUUAUUUCAACAAAACCAGAAAUAAGGCUGCAUAUGAGCGUGCAUUACAGCCCUUCGUGGAUCACGGCAAGCAGAUCGCCGAGGUUGGGGACAGCUAUCCCUCAUCGGAAGUAAACUAUGAGCAAUCGAUUAUUGCUCCAGCCGCCAUCAUCCUACUAGAGUUGUACCGGUCUACUAGAGACACGUUCUGGUUGAAGUCGGCCUAUCGUCACUUCGAUCUUCUCGAAGCAUUCGGCGGUCGACAGCCCGAUUAUCAUCUGAACGAUGUUGCCAUCCGCCACUGGGACGGAUAUUGGUUCGGAAAGGAUCGAAUGUGGGGUGACACGUUUCCUCAUUAUUGGAGCACUCUGACAGCUAUUGCAAUGCACCACUAUUCAAAAGCAACGGGGGACGAGUCAUAUCAGACGCGCGCGGAGAAAGUUCUGAGGGCAAACUUCGUUCUGUUUACGGAGGAGGGACAGGGAUCCUGUGCUUUCAUCUACCCUUCUACUGUCAAUGGACGCACAGGUCACUACCUAGACCCAUACGCGAACGACCAAGACUGGGCCCUGGCUCACAUUCUGCAACUUAGAGAGAAUCCUUAG